CAACUCUACACUAACACGAAGCAACUAUUACACCCGGCACUUAUCGAAACCUUCAUUUGCUUCCAAAAUUGUAAGAGCCACCGAACACUAGAAUCGUCACAUAGCUAUGGCUGCGCGAUCCCUAUUGACCCGAAAAACCCUAGCCACAGUGCUCCGCCGUGACUCCACGGCACUGGGCGCACAAGCAGCAGCACAUUCGCGCGGACUUCACACUUUCACGCUGCCGGAUCUGAAUUACGACUACGGCGCACUGGAGCCGGCUAUAAGCGGGGAGAUCAUGGAGAUUCACCACAAGAAGCACCAUCAGACUUACGUCACUAAUUACAACAAGGCCCUCGAGCAGCUCCACGAUGCUCUCCCUAAGGGCGAUGCUUCUACCAUCGUUAAGCUCCAGAGUGCCAUCAAGUUCAACGGCGGAGGUCAUAUCAACCACUCUAUUUUCUGGAAGAAUCUAGCUCCGCAUCGGGAAGGAGGCGGCGAGCCACCCAAGGGUUCACUGGGAUGGGCCAUUGACGAGCAUUUUGGCUCUUUCGAAAAAUUGGUACAGAAGGUGAACGCAGAGGGUGCUGCCUUACAAGGGUCUGGAUGGGUGUGGCUCGGUCUAGACAAGGAGUUUAAGAAGCUUGUAGUUGAAACCACUGCCAAUCAGGACCCACUGAUUACGAAGGGACCAGGAUUGGUUCCAUUGCUUGGCAUAGACGUUUGGGAGCAUGCAUAUUACUUACAGUACAAGAAUGUCAGACCAGACUAUCUGAACAACAUUUGGAAAGUUAUUAACUGGAAAUAUGCCAGCGAAGUGUAUGAAAAAGAGAGCUCUUAAUCUGAAAGUGUUGCUUCAUAUGGAGCUUGUGAUGAUGAGUUUGCUGCUGCAGGAUUAGAGUUUAGAGAUGGAAUAAAAGGAUGUAAUGUGGCAUAUAAGACCUUCAAUGGCAUUCUGGAUUACUUUUAUAUGGAAUAACAAUCAUUAGCAAUAAUUGGUUGCAUUCCUUGUACUAUAUCCUUGUGAUGGUGUGCCACUGUGUCUUAGAUUUUCUGAUGCUUCGGUGACAUAGUACUAUUAUUGCUUUCUGUCGUAUGUGUAAUCUGCUGCUUGUGUGCGACUCUUUUUCCCUCAAAUAAGAGUAAUGUAUAGUUGCGAAAUUCAAGCUGCCUAACUUCUUGUUUCAUUUGUUGGACAAA